AUGGCCACUCAUCAUGAAAUCAAUCCAAACAUACACAACUCCAUUACUCCUCCUCAACCCCCCACCUCUAACGCCGCCAACCUCGAGUGCAACGCCGCCGCCGCGCCGAGCGGCGAGGGCGGCGGAAAGAGAGGCGGCGGGAAGGGGAGAGGCGGGCCGGAUAAUAGUAAGUUUAAGUAUAGAGGCGUGAGGCAGCGGAGUUGGGGGAAAUGGGUGGCGGAGAUCCGGGAGCCGAAGAAACGGACGAGGCGGUGGCUCGGCACUUUCGCCACGGCGGAGGACGCCGCCCGAGCCUACGACCGAGCCGCCAUUGUGUUGUACGGCUCCAAGGCGCAGCUCAACCUCCAACCGUCGGGACAUAGCGACGACGGUUCCUCGUCUUCCUCGCAGUCCUCGAAGCGCUCCACCGCUUACUCCACCCAAAACCUCCGUCCGAUCCUCCCAAAACCUCCCGGUUUCGGCCUCGUCCCGCCGCCUUCCGCCGCCGCAGGCGGCGGCGCGUACAUUCCGUACGCCUUCAAUCCUACCAUCCAAUACCCGCCGGAGAUUCUCCAACAAUUCUCCCUCCAACUGCCACAACCGCCACAACAACCGCCGUUCCGAAGCAGCGAAGCAAUUGUGCUCUGCAAUUCAAACCCUAACCCUAACCCUACACCAACUCCAAAUCCCAACCACCCCGAAAGCGACCCGCAAACCCAACAACAAGACGAUUUCUCAUUCUACGACGAAAUGAACUCGCUGGUGGGGUCCGUGGGCUCAAGCUUGUCACUCUCAUCAACCAUGGCGCCGGCGCCGGCGUUUGGAAGUCCGGGCUCGCCGAUGUUCUGGCCCACCGGAGAAGACGGAUUUGGCGGCUCCAGCAUCUGGGAUUACCCUAACGUCGAUCAAUACCAGCUCUUCGAUUUCAACCAAGACAACCUCGGGAAGAUCUAA